GGGUCGAGUUUACGUUCACGGCUACGUCACCCGAGCGAUGACAUCACUGCGCUUACGUAGAGACAGCGUCCGUGCCUUUGCGCCAUGAAUCGCCAGUGUGGAGCACGUCUCGACAUCAGGGUGUGAAGACUGAAGCUCGGGAGGAUCGAAGGCCGUGGAUUUGUUUAUUUCUCACCUGUGGUUGAGUGUAAAUCCAGCAGCAUGUCUGUCUCCAGCACACCCACCAGUAAUGAUGCCUGCCUGAGCAUCGUCCACAGCCUCAUGUGCCACCGGCAGGGUGGAGAGAGCGAGUCCUUCUCCAAACGAGCCAUAGAGAGCUUGGUGAAGAAGCUGAAAGAGAAGAAAGAUGAGCUGGACUCUCUGAUCACUGCCAUCACCACAAACGGAGCUCAUCCCAGUAAAUGCGUGACUAUACAGCGCACGCUAGACGGUAGACUGCAGGUGGCUGGUCGUAAAGGAUUUCCUCAUGUCAUCUAUGCACGGCUGUGGCGUUGGCCGGACCUGCACAAGAACGAGCUGAAACAUGUCAAAUACUGCCAGUUUGCCUUUGACCUGAAGUGCGACAAUGUUUGUGUGAACCCGUACCAUUACGAGAGGGUCGUUUCUCCAAGCAUUGAUCUGUCUGUUCUGACGCUGGGCGGCCCAGGUCCGAGUGGAGAGCUGAUGGUGAAGGAGGAGUUUGAGGGUCAGUCGUCUCACUCUGCAGCUGAUGGAGGUCACAGUAUUCAAACCAUCCAGCACACAGCCACGCCCUCUGCCCCGCCUGACACUUUCAACAGCCCCGUCCUCCUGCCGUCAGCCGACCACACAAGCUCCACCUCCACCUCGGCUUUCAGCGCCAUGGCUGCCGGUCCAAACAAUGCUCCCAGCUCGUGGCCCAGAGGAAGCGGUUUUCCUCCCAGCAUUCCUCAUCAGAACGGUCAUCUUCAGCACCACCCUCCUCUUCCUCACACAGGACAGUACUGGUCAGUCCAUAAUGAGCUGGCCUUCCAGCCACCGAUAUCCACACACCCAGCUCCAGAUUAUUGGUGCUCAAUUGCAUACUUCGAGAUGGACAUUCAGGUGGGUGAGACGUUUAAGGUGCCCUCUAACUGUCCUGUGGUGACGGUGGAUGGUUAUGUGGACCCAUCUGGUGGAGAUCGCUUCUGUCUGGGCCAGCUGAGUAACGUUCAUCGCACUGAGGCCAUCGAGAGAGCCAGGCUUCACAUUGGUAAAGGUGUUCAGCUGGAGUGUAAAGGUGAAGGAGAUGUGUGGGUUCGCUGUCUCAGUGAUCACGCUGUGUUUGUCCAGAGUUAUUAUCUGGACCGAGAGGCUGGACGAGCUCCGGGUGACGCCGUCCACAAAAUAUACCCCAGCGCCUACAUCAAGGUGUUUGAUCUGCGUCAGUGUCAUCGGCAGAUGCAGCAGCAGGCAGCAACGGCUCAGGCAGCAGCGGCUGCACAGGCGGAUGCAGUGGCUGGAAACAUCCCAGGCCCAGGGUCUGUGGGCGGCAUCGCUCCGGCUAUCAGUCUGUCUGCGGCGGCAGGCAUCGGUGUGGACGACCUGCGGCGGCUCUGCAUUCUGCGCAUGAGUUUUGUGAAGGGCUGGGGUCCCGAUUACCCUCGCCAGAGCAUCAAGGAGACCCCGUGCUGGAUCGAAAUCCACCUGCACCGUGCCCUUCAGCUCCUGGACGAGGUUCUUCACACCAUGCCUAUAUCUGACCCACAACCUCUUGACUGACAACCUCACUUACCUUAAUACAGUGCAUAUCACCCUAAACUGACCUCUGACCUUAGAUAUGACCUGAAAUGACCGUCCACAAGGGCGGAUUCAUGUGGAAAAACCAGCAAAACACUAUUGUUGAGCAAAUUAUGCUGAGACUUUUGACUUUUUCUUACAGGAAAGUGGUGCAGGAUGGAUGAAAUGGAGAUGUUUGAAGAUUUGUGUGUGUGUGUGUGUGUGUGUGUGUGUGUGUGUGUGUGUGUGUGUGUGUGUUUUUUCUUUAUUUUCCAGUGUGGUGAGUUUGAAUCAGAGCAGUACAGUGGCCACAUAAACACUGCAGAUCAAUACAGAUGUUAACCCGUUUAAGUUUAAUUCUGUGCACAUUCACACAACACAACACAGGACGACUGAUGUGAAAAAAUUGUUCUCCAAAAACAUUUUCCUUCAGCUUAGUCCUUAUUUAACAGGGGUCACCACAGCGGAAUGAACUGGCAACUAUUCCGGCAUAUUUUUUGCUCAGCGGAUGCCAUUCCAGCCGCAACCCAGUACUGGGAAGCACCCAUACACUGUCACAUUCAUACACACACUCAUACACUACGGCCAAUUUUGUUAACCCAAUUCACCUAUAACACAUGUUUGGACUGUGGGGGAAACCGGACCAACCGGAGGAAACCUAGCUGGGACUUAAACCAGCCAUCUUCUUGCUGUGAGGUGACAGUGCUAACCACUGAGCCAUCGUGCCGCCUUUAGUGCAACAAUUUAGUCAAAUUUAGCUCAGCUUGUCAGUGAUCUUAGUUUUUUAAAGUAUUUUCUUGUAAAAUAUUGGAUUACUUUUUAAAAAUAUGUAUAAUAUCUGCAGUUGAAGUAUUUUCUUGAGUAUUUUCACAGUAUUUUCAAACUAUUGUUACACUGAAUGCAUUUUAGUGGAUGUCUUCUCUAAAUCAUGGUCCAAAUAAAUAAGUAGUAUUUUCUUUUUCAGAAACAAUAAGCAGGACACAUAUUAAAGGGGACCUAUUAUGCCCCUUUUUACAAGAUGUAAAAUAAGUCUGAUGUCCCUAGAGUGAGUAUGUGAAGUUUCAGUUCAAAAUACCACACAGAUUAUGUUUUAUAACUCUGAAACUGAGCCUUGUAGGCUUUGAUUCGAAUUGUGGCGUUUUGUUGACUGUCGCUUUAAAUUCAAAUGAGAUUGUGCUCUUUUCAAAAGAAGGCGGAGCUACAAAUGCCUAUGUGUCAGCAUAGUGGCAGAUUCAUUACCAAGACUAAUGUCAUAUGCUAAUGAGGGAGAGAUCAUCACUAAUGGGCGGGGCUUUAUGAAGUUUUUAUGAAGUAUGAAUAUAAAAAGUUAAGUUAAUACAUUUUUUUACUAUUAGAAGCUGGUUAUAUUCACACACUGUUGCCACACAACUGUGUUUAAACCUCUUAUAAAAGUGAUUUUUGCAUAAUAGGUGCCCUUUAAUAUGUAAAAAUGAAAGCUAUAUUACAUUUUAUUGUUUUGAUGAGUUGAAAACCUCAUUUUGUGUUUGACCCAUAUAUACAAUUGACACAGAUACAAGUUAGACACUGAAUUCGGUGCAACAAUUAACACAGAUACAAGUUAGACACUGAAUUCGGUGUAACAAUUAACACAGAUACAAGUUAGACACUGAAUUCAGUGCAACAAUUAACACAGAUACAAGUUAGACACUGAAUUCAGUGCAACAAUUGACACAGAUACAAGUUAGACACUGAAUUCGGUGCAACAAUUAACACAGAUACAAGUUAGACACUGAAUUCAGUGCAACAAUUAACACAGAUACAAGUUAGACACUGAAUUCAGUGCAACAAUUGACACAGAUACAAGUUAGACACUGAAUUCAGUGCAACAAUUGACACACACAAGUUAGACACUGAAUUCGGUGCAACAAUUGACACACACAAGUUAGACACUAAAUUCAGUGCAACAAUUGACACAGAUACAAGUUAGACACUGAAUUCAGUGCAACAAUUGACACACACAAGUUAGACACUGAAUUCAGUGCAACAAUUGACACAGAUACAAGUUAGGCACUGAAUUCGGUGCAACAAUUGACACAGAUACAAGUUAGACACUGAAUUCAGUGCAACAAUUGACACAGAUACAAGUUAGACACUGAAUUCAGUGCAACAAUUAACACAGAUACAAGUUAGACACUGAAUUCAGUGCAACAAUUGACACACACAAGUUAGACACUGAAUUCAGUGCAACAAUUAACACAGAUACAAGUUAGACACUGAAUUCAGUGCAACAAUUGACACAGAUACAAGUUAGACACUGAAUUCGGUGCAACAAUUAACACAGAUACAAGUUAGACACUGAAUUCAGUGCAACAAUUGACACACACAAGUUAGACACUGAAUUCAGUGCAACAAUUAACACAGAUACAAGUUAGACACUGAAUUCAGUGCAACAAUUGACACACACAAGUUAGACACUGAAUUCAGUGCAACAAUUGACACAGAUACAAGUUAGACACUGAAUUCGGUGCAACAAUUGACACAGAUACAAGUUAGACACUGAAUUCAGUGCAACAAUUGACACAGAUACAAGUUAGACACUGAAUUCGGUGCAACAAUUGACACAGAUACAAGUUAGACACUGAAUUCAGUGCAACAAUUGACACAGAUACAAGUUAGACACUGAAUUCGGUGCAACAAUUAACACAGAUACAAGUUAGACACUGAAUUCAGUGCAACAAUUGACACACACAAGUUAGACACUGAAUUCAGUGCAACAAUUAACACAGAUACAAGUUAGACACUGAAUUCAGUGCAACAAUUGACACACACAAGUUAGACACUGAAUUCAGUGCAACAAUUGACACAGAUACAAGUUAGACACUGAAUUCGGUGCAACAAUUGACACAGAUACAAGUUAGACACUGAAUUCAGUGCAACAAUUGACACAGAUACAAGUUAGACACUGAAUUCGGUGCAACAAUUGACACAGAUACAAGUUAGACACUGAAUUCAGUGCAACAAUUGACACAGAUACAAGUUAGACACUGAAUUCAGUGCAACAA